UUCCACCUCUCCCCUCAUACAACAUCGUCUAGCUAUUUAGGGGUUCGGGUCCCAAGUCCUCAUAAUAGCUAUCCCAUAGCUCAUCACACCAUAUCAAGCAAUCCAACAUGGAGUCAGUACACCAUGUGUCGGCCUCCUCGAAGGCUUUAUUCAACAAAGCGCGCAAGAUAGUGCCUCCAUUGCUGGAGAAGUUUCACAAAGGGCAACAUGGGCGUGUUGCUGUGAUUGGGGGUUGUGCGGACUAUACAGGUGCCCCAUACUUCUCCUCGAUGGCAUCUGCGAAACUAGGGUGUGAUAUGAGCCAUGUUAUUUGCGAAAAAUCAGCAGCUACGGUCAUCAAAACCUACUCUCCAAACCUUAUGGUCCAUCCAUUGCUACCGAGCAGCGACAGCGUUCCAAACCCCAAUUCGAUAGAUGCUCCCGCUCUUGCCAGUCCAAUAAUUGAUAUGCUCUCGCGUCUGCAUGCGUUGGUUAUAGGACCAGGUCUUGGUCGUGAUGGGGUGACACUCCAAGUCGUUACAGAGGUGAUGAAAGAGGCACGGUCACAGUCAAUACCCUUUGUCUUGGACGCUGAUGGUCUGCUUCUUGUCACGGAGGACCCAGGUUUGGUAAGAGGAUAUAAGGAGUGUAUUCUCACCCCCAAUGUGAACGAGUUCAGUCGCCUAGCGAAAGCAUUAGGCAUUGAGGUGCUCAGCCAGGCUCAAAUUGCAUCUCAGUCAGAUGGAGAUAAGACAAGCAAAGAAACGGAUGCUUGUGAGAAACUUUCAAACGCCUUGGGUGGUGUGACAAUCAUCCAGAAAGGACCACAUGAUGUGAUCUCCAACGGCGUCACCAGUAUUGUCUCCGAUAUUCAGGGAGGGCUCAAGCGCAGCGGAGGCCAGGGUGAUACACUCACCGGAUCCCUUGGGACGCUUUUGGCUUGGAGAGACGCAUACCAUAAAGGUCUCUGGGAGAGUGAUGAGAAAGACAACCCAAAGGAGGCACAGACCAAGCAAGAGGUUAAGGAGGAAUUGGAGACCGAGGGCAAAAGGAUGUCUCCUGUAACAACACUGCUUCUUGCUGCCUGGACAGGCAGUGGAAUUACGAGGGAGUGUUCUCGACGUGCCUUUUUAGCAAAGGGAAGAAGCAUGCAGGCUAGUGAUUUGACUGAUGAGGUUCAUGAGAGCUUCCUGGCCUUAAUCGGUGAGCCUGAAGGAUCCAAGGUACAUCUUUAGCCUUUAGGCUCAACUUCUCCUUCGAAAACGGCUUUCAUGUAUAAAAAACAUCGCGUACAAACAAUAUAACGCCCAGGCUUUUUACCCUUUCACCAUCCGCACCUUCGGUUAGGAGUGAACAUCACAGAAUAUGCAACCGACAGCGACUGCAGCUCUGAU